AUGGACUCACUGCGCCUGCCACAGCCAAUGGCUGCUCAAAAUUGUAAGGAAGACCACAAUGAAAGGCAUGGAAAUAUGAGUAAAGAGGUCAAAGCGAGCCCUGCACACUCCACUCUGGCUUUGAUUGAGGGGGAGGACACAGACCCAUGGGACCUGCCAGAGCUGAAGGACACAGGGGUCCCCUGGUCAGCUCUGGAUACCAAAGGGAAGGUGUUGAGAGUGUUGGUGUCAGUUGCAAAGCUGGCCCUGCUGUUGGGUUUCCUCUACAUGUUCAUCUGCUCUCUCGACAUCCUCAGCUCCGCUUUCCAGCUUGUUGGAGGUAAAGCUGCAGGUGACAUCUUUCAGGACAACACAGUUCUGUCCAACCCGCUUGCUGGCCUGGUCAUUGGCGUUCUGGUCACCCUGCUGGUCCAGAGUUCGUCCACUUCCUCCUCCAUAGUUGUCAGCAUGGUCUCCUCUGGACUGCUCACCGUCCAGCUGGCUGUUCCGAUCAUCAUGGGCACCAACAUCGGCACCUCUGUCACCAACACACUGGUUGCCAUGACGCAGGCUGGUGACCGCAGCACCUUCCGCAGGGCUUUUGCAGGGGCCACAGUGCACGACUUCUUCAACUGGCUCUCUGUGCUGGUGCUGCUGCCUCUGGAAGUUGCCACUGGUUAUUUGUACGUCGUCACCAAGCUCAUCAUCGACUCCUUCAAAAUUGAAAGUGGAGAGGCUCCGGACCUGUUAAAUGUGAUCACUGAUGUCCUCACUGAGUCAAUUAUACAGUUGGAUCAGUCUGUCAUCAGUGGGAUUGCCACCGGGGACCCAGAAGCUAGGAACAAAAGUCUCAUCAAGAAAUGGUGCCAAACCUUCACCAACACAACCUUAAUGAAUGUCACAGUUCCUGGUCCAGAAAACUGCACGUCUCCGUCUCUGUGCUGGGUCGAUGGCAACUACACCUUCACACUGAAGAACAUUUCUGACACGCACAAUAUCAAGAAAUGUACGCAUCUCUUUGUGAAUGUGAAUCUGCCUGACCUGGCGGUGGGUCUCAUCCUGCUGGCUCUUUCUCUGCUGGUGCUCUGCUCGUGCCUCAUCCUGAUCGUCAAGCUGCUCAACUCCAUGCUGAAGGGACAGGUGGCUGCAGUCAUCAAGAAGAUCCUUAACACUGAUUUCCCAUUUCCAUUUGGCUGGGUCACAGGUUACAUUGCCAUUUUAGUCGGAGCUGGAAUGACCUUCAUUGUGCAGAGCAGUUCGGUUUUCACUUCUGCUAUUACUCCACUUGUUGGUAUUGGUGUCAUCAGCAUAGAGAGAGCAUACCCGUUAUCUCUGGGUUCAAAUAUUGGAACAACCACCACAGCCAUCCUGGCAGCUAUGGCUAGUCCUGGAGACACACUAGCUAAUUCUCUGCAGAUUGCCCUUGUGCACUUCCUUUUCAACAUCUCUGGCAUCAUUCUGUGGUAUCCAAUCCCCUUCACCCGCAUCCCUAUCCGGCUGGCUAAAGGCCUGGGAAACAUCACCGCCUCCUAUCGCUGGUUCGCUGCCGUCUACAUCAUCUGCUGCUUCUUCGUUUUACCACUCUUCGUCUUCAGCCUGUCACUGGCUGGCUGGCAGGUACUGGUGGGUGUUGGAGUACCUUUAAUUGUCAUGUUGAUCAUCAUCGUGGUGAUAAACGUAUUGCAGAAACGGAAACCCGGGUGUCUGCCUGCAGCACUGCAAUCCUGGGAUUUCCUCCCCCUUUGGGCCCACUCCUUGGCUCCAUGGGACAAAGUAGUUGGUGUGAUUACCGCCAAAUGCUGUUGCUGCUGCAAAUGUUGCCAGCUUGCUGCUGACAACAAGGAACACAGAGACAAAGAGUCUGUGGAAAAUAACAAGAAAUCACACACUGCAGUGUAUGAUAACCCUGCAAUGAGUGCAGAGAAGGAGGUGGAAAAUGAAAUCAAUUUAGAGCUGAAGAUUCUGAAAAUUACCCGGAUUUAA